AUGUGUUUGUUACUUAAGAAUCAAGAAAAGCGAGUAAGUAACAGUGCUCUUCGCAAUGAGAAUGAUAUGCUUCAAAAUGAAAACAACCUUAUCAAUGAGGCACUCAAGUCCACAAUUUGCUCAACUUGUGGGGGCCCACCAUUUCCCCAAAAAGAACAUGAACUUUUCAUGAAAAAAAUGGGAGAGGAAAAUGAUCAGCUGAAACAAGAGAUUGAGAAAGUUUCAACCCUUAUUUCAAGGUACAAAAGAAAAGAGAUAUCACUACCUGAAUUAGAGUUAUCUCUUGCUCAUGUAAAAACAUUUUCACAUAGCCAAAUGGUUAGUGGAAGUUCAAGUCAUAGUCACAAUCAUAGUAUCCGAGUGAAUCAACCAAUGCAAAAUUGUGAUGUUGAAAAAUCAAUGAUAACUCAAAUUGCAACAAUUGCAAUGGAAGAGUUAAUUAGGCUUGUUAGGAUGAAUGAACCUUUUUGGGUCAACUCUUCUACUACACAAGAUGCGAAGUUAACCCUAAUUCAUGAAGCUUAUGAGCAAGUUUUUCCUAAGAAAAGUCACUUCAAAGGUCCCAAUAUUGUUAAAGAAGCAUCAAAAUAUUCAGCCAUGGUCAACCUUAGUGGCAUGAUAUUAGUUGACAUUUUUCUUGACCCGGUGAAAUGGGCAAAGUUGUUUCCAACAAUGGUGAAAAAAUGUGAAACAAUCAAAGUGUUUGAAACAGGGGUGUUGGAAAAUGGAGAUAUAUCACUCCAAUUGAUGUAUGAAAAAAUGCACAUUUUGUCACCUCUAGUGCGACCUCGUGAAUUUAACAUAAUUCGAUAUUGCAAACAAAUUGGUGUUGGAACAUGGAUGAUAGCAAAUGUGUCAUAUGAUUCCUCUCAACCAAACACUAAUCAUCACUCUCAUGCUUGGAAAUAUCCAUCUGGUUGCAUGAUUCGUCAAUUGCCUAAUGGCACUUGUGUGGUUACUUGGGUUGAACAUGUGGAAGUGAAUGAUGAGAUCCAUACACAUCAUUUAUAUAAAGAUCUUAUUGGUACACAUAAUUUAUAUGGAGCAGAAAGUUGGAUUAAAGAACUUCAGAGAAUGUGUGAGAAAACUUAUAGUUUCUUCCUUCCAAGGAUCCCUGAUCAUGAAUCUGGAGGAGUGAUCGAAACAAUUGAAGGGAGAAAAAGUGUGAUGAGGCUUUCUCAUAGAAUGGUUAGGAUGUUUUGUGAAUGUCUAACAACACAAAGUAAUGUGGAAUUUCCAAGUACAAUUCAAGAUAGCAUUGGUGGGAUUAGGGUUUCUUUUCAAGACAUCACUUCUUCAGGCCAGCCAAAUGGAAAGGGUGUUGUUGCUAUUGCCACCCUUUGGACUCCUUUACCAUCUGAUAAAGUUUUUGAGUUCCUCAUUGAUCCUACUAAACGAUCAAAGUGGGAUGUUCUUGCUUAUGGAAAUCGAGUGCAUGAGAUUGCACACAUUUCAAAUGGAUAUCAUCAUGGAAACUUCAUUUCCCUUUUGAAGCCUUUCAUCCCUAGUGAGAAAAAUGUAUUGAUUCUUCAAGAAAAUUUCACAUCACAUGUGGGAUCAUAUGUUAUAUUUGCUGGAAUUGAUAUUGCAUCUAUGAAUGUGGCCAUAAGGGGUGAAGACACUGUAAAAAUGCAUAUUCUUCCUUCAGGUUUUGUUGUGUGUCCAAAUGAUCAAAAAUCAAAUGCAACUAAUUCGGAAGGAUUCAAAGGUGGUUCUUUGUUGACUCUGGCUUACGAGAUUUUGUCUUGUAGUUCAGAGAGAACCACCAACCUAACAAAUGUUGAAAGUGCGGCUAAUGCCAGAACCUUAUUGACAACUACUCUUGAAAAUGUGAAGAAAGCUCUAAUGAACUAUAAUCGCCGUUGAGAGUAAUUGCUCCUAUAUAUUUGAUUCAUUUCUUGUUCAAAAGACAAAAUAUGUUGUUAGACAAAAUAUGUUGUUUGGUUUUCUUUGUAUGAUUUUAAGUUGCUUGACAUUGGAUCUUAAAAGUUUCUUUUUUAUAAUUAUUAA